GAUUAACUACCGUCUAAACAUGGCGGCUCUUACGAAAAUUAAUAAGUUACCGAUUUUAGUGAUAUUGGGGGCGACAGGAACGGGAAAGUCCAAAUUAGCUUUGCAGUUAGCCAAAACAUUUAAAGGGGAAAUAAUAUCUGCCGAUUCAAUGCAGGUUUACAAGGGGUUAGAUGUUGUAACUAAUAAAGUUACAUUAGAAGAGCAAUUGGAGGCCCCUCACCACAUGAUUAGCUAUGUUGAAAAACCGUGGCUGAAACAUACAGUUACGCAAUUCAGGGAUAAAGCAAUACCCAUUAUUGACAAACUACUGCAGGAGGAUAAGAUUCCAAUAAUAGUCGGUGGAACAAACUAUUAUAUAGAGGCACUCUUGUGGGACUUUUUAGUCGAUGUUCCAAGUGUAUGUUCCGAGGCAAGUUCCAGUGAAUCAGACGAGGACGAUUUGCAUAGUGCAUUAAUGGAAGCAGACCCCGAUUCAGCUAAGAAAAUUCAUCCUAACGACAAGAGAAAGAUUAAGAGAGCAUUAGAAGUGUUCAGAAAUAGUAAAACAAAAUUGAGUACAUAUCAUUCAAAUCAGCAAAGAGAAAGUGGGAGUCAUAUCAGUGGUCGUCUGAAAUAUGAAAAAAUUUGCUUAAUUUGGGUCAAAUGCGAUCAGACAGUAUUAGAUGCAAGAAUAAAUUCUAGAGUCGAAUUUAUGAUUGAAAAUGGAUUAAAACAGGAAUUAACAGAACUGUAUGAGGAAUAUAAGAGCCAAAAACAAGAUUACACUAUUGGUUUACUACAGGCUAUCGGCUUUAAAGAGUUUCAUAAAUAUCUUGCAUUGUCUGACAAUGAAAAAAAUACUCCUUUGGGAAUGGCAUUGUUUGACGAAGGAUCAGGAAAUCAGGUACCACCAGUUUUUUCGGUUGACUCAACUUUACCAGAAAAAUGGGAUGAAAACGUUUUUCAGCCGAGUUUUGAAUUAUUUCAUGCUGUUUUAAAGAGUGGCAACAUGCCUUUCGAACCAGAAAAAACUAUUGGAGAAAUCAGUGAAAAAAUAUACCAAGAAUGCGAAUUUUGUGAAGGAAGGGUGUUCUUGACAACUAAAGACUGGCAAGCUCAUUUAAGAAGUAAGUCACACAAAGCAGCAAAAAGAGGAUUUUUGAAGAAGUCAACUGAACCCUUAUUUGAAAAAGAUUAA